UAUAACCAAACCGAGGGAAAGCUCACCCCUGUAAAUUUUAUUGGUGUGCUCGAGCUUCACCUCCUCCACCCUCUCAGAUCAGUGCGGCGCGCCAGGGAACAGGUAGGCCACUGCGAUGGCUUACAUUAGCAUGGGCGAGGCUCACCGGCGGAUCAUAGAUUUCCUCAGCCGGUUUUCAGAUUCCAUCUCCUCCCAGGACGGCGCCGCCCUCAAGCCCCUCCUCGCCGUCUCCUCCAACUCCUCCCUCCUCUCCCUCGCCGACGCCCUCAAUAUCUUCCAGGAUUGGGCUCGAUUGGUGAAGCAGGCCGACAGGACUUCGCAGCAGCUUGGAGAAAUCAUCGUCCCUCACCUCCGCUGCAUCCAGAGCUACCGAAUCGGGCGAUUCGUUGAAGCGUAUGUCGCGUUCGAGAAAUCUGCGAAUGCGUUUUUGCAGGAGUUUCGGAACUGGGAGACGGGUUGGGCGUUGGAGGCGAUGUAUGUGGUCGCUCAUGAGAUCAGGGUGCUUGCGGAGUUGGCUGAUAAAGAGUUAUCUUCCAUGGGAAAGAAUCCGGAAAAGUUGCAGGGUGCUGGCUCUUUCCUCAUGAAGGUGUUUGGGUCGCUUGCGGGUAAAGGGCCUAAACGUGUUGGAGCAUUGUAUGUGACUUGCCAAUUAUUUAAAGUAUACUUCAAGCUAGGUACUGUGCAUCUCUGCAGAAGCGUUAUUAGAAGCAUUGAAACUGCUAAAAUCUUUGAUUUUGAAGAGUUCCCUUCAAGUGAUAAGGCCACCUACAGAUAUUAUACUGGUCGCUUGGAAGUUUAUAAUGAGAACUUCGUUGCUGCUGAUCAAAAACUAACCUAUGCUUUGAUGCAUUGUAACUCUCGGUAUGAAGCUAAUUUGAGAAUGAUUCUGAAGUAUCUCAUACCCGUAAAGCUUUCUAUAGGAGUUUUGCCAAAGAUGUCGCUUUUGGAGAAGUAUAAUCUUACCGAGUAUACCGGUGUUGUGAAAGCUUUAAGAAGCGGCGAUCUGCGACUCCUGAGGCGAGCUCUCCAUGAGCAUGAAGAUCAGUUUUUAAGGACAGGCGUUUACCUUGUUCUUGAGAAACUGGAGCUCCAGGUUUAUCAGAGAUUAGUCAAGAAGAUCUAUAAUAUUCAGAAACAAAAGGAUGCUAGCAAGGCUCAUCAGAUCAAGUUAGAAGUGAUAGUCAAAGCAUUGAAGUGGCUUGAAGUAGACAUGGAUGUUGAUGAAGUAAUUCUCCAUUAUGUGGAGUGUAUUAUGGCAAUUCUCAUAUACAAGAAUCUGAUGAAGGGAUACUUUGCCCACAAGAGCAAGGUGGUUGUCCUCAGUAAGCAAGACCCCUUCCCAAAAUUGAACGGCAAGCCUAUUAGUUCUUAAAAGCUAAUAUUUACUCUGUUUUGUAGCUUGAGUUGUAUAUAGGGGU